AUGGACGAAAUCAGACGUCAGAUCGAGGAUUUGAUGGGAGGGAUUGAAGCUCCAAUUGAGAAAAAAGACCCUCAUGAUAAUGACGUUUGCAAAUUUUACCUAUGCGGACUAUGUCCUCACGAAUUAUUUGAGAAUACAAAGCUAUAUAUGGGUCCUUGCAAAAAUAUCCAUUCGGAAGUUUUAAGGAAAAAAUACCUCUCUGAAAGGGAAAUUAAGGGAAAUACUCAAAUUAAAUACGAGACAGAAAGCUUAAAAGUAUUUCAGGGAAUGGUAGAUGACUGUAAUAAAAAGAUCGAAAGAAAUCGUGUUCGUGCUGAGCUUUCAGGUAGUUCAAAGCUUGAGGACGAAAAUAUCCGAGCAUUGGAUCUCGAAAUUAAAGAGAUUAUGAAGGAAAUUGAUGAUUUAGGUGCAAACGGUGAUAUAGAUGGGUCUUUAAAAAGGAUGGAAGAUUUGACAAGGCUAAAUCAACAAAAGAUGAAGAUAUCUGCUACAAAAGAAGAUGUUGAGAAUGGUAUGUAUCGUCAAAAACUUCACCCAUGUGAAAUUUGUGCUGCAUUUCUUUCGGAAACAGACAACGAUCAAAGACUGAAUGACCACUUCAAUGGUAAAAUUCACGUAGGGUACCUGAAAAUUAGAAAACAAGCAAAGGACUUGAAGGAAUGGCUUAAAAUUCAUUCUUCUAAUAGGAAUGACAAUUAUAGGCAUGAAGGUAUAACUCAUAGAGGUGAUACUCGAUACAAAUCCCGCAGACAAAGCUACUCUGGUGAAAGCCGUGCUUAUCACUAUUUAAAUAAUUAUAGGGAUAGAAGGCAUAGGGAACAUUUGGAUUACCGUGAUCAAUAUGGUAGCCAUUCAUACAGAAGAGAAAGGAAUCAAAUUAGAUAUGAAGAACAUGGAAACUAUUAUAAGAAAAGUGGGCCUAAUGAUUCUAAUUAUCCGGAGCAAAAAAACAAAUAUUUAGAUUAUAGAUCUAACCCUUAUUCAGCAAGUGAACCGAAUAGAAUAAAUUUAGAUAAUUAUGAAAAACUUGCAAAAACAAAUGAAAAAAAUUAUCCACCAAGUGAUGGAGAAAUUUCUCCAGAAAGUGACUCUUCUCAUUCUUUAUCAAGAAGUAUCUCACCGUGUUAA